UGCGUGCGUGUUUUGUGUGUGCGUGUGUGUCAAUUGGACAGUUCCGAAUUUUCUUUCAUCCUUCAAAAAGUCGUGUUGUACCUCCACUAGCCACGAUGGCGGCGAAUUUAGGAAGAAUCUGUGGCUCCAAAUUAUUGGGAACUUCAGCCGGAGUUGGUCUACAACAGGUCAAACAGCUGUCUACCACAAAAGCAUGGACUAAUGGCCAAAAGAAGCUUAUUGCGUCAGUUGGUGCCGUGACCGGUGGCUUGGGAGCUCUGUUGUUUGCGCUCGAAAGCUCAGUGGAAGCAUCUGGCACAGAGGUGCAUCCACCAGCAAUGCCAUGGAGCCAUAAAGGUAUCAUCUCCUCUUUAGACCAUCAAAGUGUACGACGUGGUUACGAAGUUUACAAGCAGGUUUGCUCUGCAUGUCACUCCAUGCGAUACAUAGCUUACCGUAACUUGAUCGGUGUCAGCCACACCGAAGCUGAAGCUAAGGCAGAAGCUGAACAAAUUAUGGUAAGGGACGGCCCUGAUGAUACUGGUAACUACUUUGAUCGUCCGGGUAAACUGUCUGAUUACUUCCCCUCGCCAUACCCGAACGAAGAGGCUGCUCGUGCUGCAAACAACGGUGCUUACCCACCGGAUCUGAGUUACAUUGUGUCUGCCCGUAAAGGCGGUGAAGAUUAUGUAUUUUCGUUGCUUACCGGCUAUUUUGAUGCACCAGCUGGUGUGGUGCUGCGUGAAGGACAGUACUUCAACCCGUACUUCCCAGGUGGUGCUAUUUCCAUGGCUCAAGUGCUAUACAAUGAGGUUAUUGAAUACUCUGAUGGUACACCUCCAACUACAAGUCAAUUGGCCAAGGACGUAGCCACCUUCCUUAAAUGGACUUCUGAGCCCGAACAUGAUGAACGUAAACAGCUUACAAUCAAGGCAUUUGGUAUUUUAGCCUUCUUGGCUGUCAUUUCAUACUAUAUCAAGAGGCACAAAUGGUCUACUUUGAAAUCUAGAAAAAUAGUUUUCGUCCCUAAGGAAAAAUAGAUUCGUUUCAUUGAAAAACGAUCCCAAAGAAUUCAAUAAAAAGCAUUAAAACCACAAGAAAAUUAUGUAAAGAAACAUGCAUACCGACGAAAUAAGCACCGCCAUCAGCUAAGCGAAGCGCAAAUCUUCACUGCGGGGAGGUAUAAUUGGCAGCAAUAAUAACUCCCAAAAGGAACUUAGAAAAAAUUGUUACAAUUUAAACUAAAGAUUACAUUUAACGUAAUUAUUAAAAGAAAAAAUACAAAUAAAAUGCUAAAGAUACGACAAAU